GGUGGUGCCAAGAGCUCGGCCACGGUGAGCCGCAACCUCAACCGCUUCUCCACCUUCGUCAAGUCUGGCGGGGAGGCCUUCGUGCUGGGUGAGGCGUCGGGUUUUGUGAAGGACGGGGACAAGCUGUGCGUGGUGCUGGGCCCCCGGGGCCCCGAGUGGCAGGAAAACCCCUACCCCUUCCAGUGCUCCAUCGAGGACCCCACCAAGCAGACCAAGUUCAAGGGCAUGAAGAGCUACAUCGCCUACAAGCUGGUGCCCAGCCACACCGGGCAGCAGGUGCACCGCCGCUACAAGCACUUUGACUGGCUCUACGGGCGCCUGGCCGAGAAGUUCCCUGUCAUUUCUGUGCCCCACUUGCCAGAGAAGCAGGCCACCGGCCGCUUCGAGGAGGACUUCAUCUCCAAACGUCGCAAAGGCUUGGCCUGGUGGAUGGACCACAUGUGCAGCCAUCCUGUGCUGGCUCAGUGCGAUGCCUUCCAGCACUUCCUUACCUGCCCCAGCACAGAUGAGAAGGCCUGGAAACAAGGCAAGCGCAAGGCUGAGAAGGAUGAGAUGGUGGGUGCCAACUUUUUCCUGACCAUCAGUGUCCCCACAGGCCCAGGGGCCAGCCUGGACUUGCAGGAGGUGGAAAGCCAGGUGGAUGGCUUCAAAGCCUUCACGAAGAAGAUGGACGAGAGUGCCCUGCAGCUUAAUCACACGGCCAACGAGUUUGCCCGCAAACAAGUCACUGGUUUCAAGAAGGAAUACCAGAAGGUGGGGCACUCCUUUAAGUGCCUCAGUCAGGCAUUUGAGCUGGACCAGCAGGCCUUCUCGGCUGGCCUCAACCAAGCCAUAGCCUUCACUGCAGAUGCCUACGAUGCCAUCGGGGACCUCUUUGCAGAUCAGCCCCGGCAGGACCUAGAUCCUGUGAUGGAUUUGUUAGCGCUGUAUCAGGGGCAUUUGGCCAACUUUCCAGACAUCAUCCACGUCCAGAAAGGAGCCCUUACCAAAGUAAAGGAGAGUAAGCGGCAUGUGGAAGAGGGGAAGAUGGAGCUCCAAAAAGCUGAGGGCAUUCAAGAACGCUGUAACAUUAUCUCUUUUGCGACCCUAGCAGAAAUCAAUCAUUUCCACAAAAUUCGUGUGAGGGACUUUAAAUCACAGAUGCAGCAUUUCUUGCAACAGCAAAUACUCUUUUUUCAAAAAGUGACACAAAAGCUAGAAGAAGCUCUUCACAAGUAUGACAGCGUUUAAUCUCUGAACUUUGAUUUGUGGACUUCCCUCAGCAUGAAUGUGACCCAGGCGGCAGAGCAAAUGCAAAUGCUGCUGCUGCAGAACGGUUGCCAGCAGUAGACGGUGGUACAAGGAUGGGUUUGUGUUCACCUGGACCCCCGGGUUAAUCUCCAGUUAUGUAGAAAGGAAACAGUUAUAGGGCUAUGUAGUAGAAACAGUACCACGCAUUGUAACUAAGUUAUACUGUGUAUGCCUACACUACCAUUGUAACUUUUUUGAAAUAAUGAGUAUACUAUUUGCCUUAUUGCUUUUUGAAAUAUGGUAUUUUAGUGCAUACUUUGUAGACCUCAAAACCCUUUGGGUCUUUAAGGAAGUCGGCUAGAAAAAGCCUGCUUCAGAUGCCUUUUUACUUUCCUAGAUUUGGAUUUCCUAAAUUCAAACGAUUCUCUGUUUACAGACUCCUACUAGAGCAGCUAUGUGAUUCUGUGCCUUUAGAAUCUAUUUUUCCUUUUCUAGUAAGACACAUUUUUAUGAUUGAA